GUAAUCAGCCACUGCACCGCCGCACCGCUGUGACCGCCACCUUCCUCGAAUCCCAAACAGAGACCGGCGCAGACCAGUGCAGACCCCAAAACCACCUCUCAAAAGACGAUGCCGGCUCUCCCCUCUGCUCCUCAGAACUACGGAGUUGUCAUCGAUGCGGGCUCAAGCGGAUCGCGCGUGCAGAUCUACUCCUGGUCCACGAAGUUCGACUCGUCGUCGGCCACCCUGCCAAAAGUAGGCAAAGGCGGCGACGACUGGUAUCUCAAAGUGAGCCCGGGCAUAUCCUCCUACGCCGACCACCAAAAGGACCUGGAAGGCAAGCACCUCGAUCCGCUACUUGAGCGUGCUCUUGCUAUCGUGCCCAAGGAGAAGCAGCCCGAGACACCCAUCUUCCUUCUCGCGACUGCGGGCAUGCGACUGCUACCGGACGAACAGCAGAAGCAGCUCCUCGCGAAGACCUGCUUCCACAUCAAAAAGACAACAAACUUCCUACUUCCGGACUGCGACAGCCAUAUCCGCGUAAUCGACGGAGAAACAGAGGGCCUCUAUGGCUGGCUCGCGCUCAACUACAUGCUAGGCGCCAUCGACUCGCCAGAGAAAACAAACCACGGCAAGGGCCACCACACCUUUGGCUUUCUCGAUAUGGGCGGUGCGUCAGCGCAGAUUGCGUUUGCGCCAAAUAAUACAGAGGCGAAAAAGCAUAUGGACGAUCUCUACGGCGUGCGACUACGAACGCAGGCGGGCGAGCCUCUGCAGUUUAACGUGUUUGUCUCGACAUGGCUCGGAUACGGAGCCAACGAGGCCCACAGGCGGUACAUUGAGCUCCUUGUCAAGAACGCGUCAGCGAAAAGUGCCGUGCCUACAUUACUGGAGCGGGAUGACGCCGACAGCGACGACGAAGGCGACGACGAGCAUAAAGUUGGGACCAAGACCGCAAAGGAUACAAUCAUAGACCCGUGCUCACCUCGCGGCUACACCGACAGUUCCGACCCACUACUCGCGGGCAAGACUCUGUACGGAAGUGGGAAUUUAACCGAAUGUUUACAAUUCACAUAUCCUCUACUCUCAAAAGAUCUGCCGUGCCAUGACGAUCCUUGUCUCUUUGGCGGAGUGCACGCGCCCGCGAUUGAUUUCGACGUGAACCAUUUCGUCGGCGUUAGUGAGUACUGGCAUACGACGCGUUCAGGCUUGUUUGCCGACGCAUUGCCCGAGAAUGCUGAUUCGGCGCUGAAAAUAGACGCGACCGUGAACGCAGGUGGUGCAUACAACUACGCCAAGUUUUCCAAACGACUCGAAGAGUUCUGCGCCAGUGACUGGGACCCGCUGGCCACCAAGGCAAAAGCACAGGGUAUCGAUCUUCACAAGUUGCAGGAAAUGUGCUUCAAGGGGAGCUGGGUUAUGAACAUGCUGCAUUCAGGCUUUGGCGUCCCGCGAUCGUCAGAAGGAAUCGCCGAGGCUGCGGCGGAUGCUGCUGCAAAGGCGAAGGAGAAAGGGUUUUCGGACGACUCUUUCCAAAGUAUCGACAAGAUAAACGGCGUCGAGCUUAGCUGGACGCUUGGGAAAGCCGUGCUUUACGCUGCGAGCCAGGUGCCGCUGAAUCCAAAGCUUGCCGACGCGGCGACAGGCAACAUGUCUGCGAUGUACGACGUGGGCUAUGGUCCCAACAGCGGGAUCUUCAUUCCCGAGCGCGUAGACGUCGGCACGAUCAUCCCGGACCCGGUGAUUGUGAACGACGUGGACGAAUGGGGCGUAAGCGCUGCCGCGAUCUCGUCGCAGGGCACGUUUGGCAAGCGACGGAUGCCGGGGCUGGUGAUGUUUGCGCUGAUUUUCAUGCUGAUGGCGUACGUGCUCGCGGGCAAAGUGCGCCGGCGCAAGUUCACGUUCACGCUCACGCCGAAACGGUAUCGGCGGCGCGUCACGGGCGUGGGGAAUUCGACGGCGAUGGAGAGUAGCUCGCAUUUGGUUAUGGGGAGCGGGCUCGGAACGCGGGAGGUUUGAUUGAAAUGCAUGAGAGGAAGGGUUCAGCUCUGGAUUUGUUUUCCAAAAGGCGUUUGUAAAUUAGUUGUUGCUGCCUUUGCAUUUGUUGUUAUUCGUACAUUUAUGGCAAUAGUAUCGUAUCUACACUGC